AUGGGGCUCAGCCUGGAUCUGUGGGAACCUCAGCCAGUGCUGUAUGACAGCCAGCGACUGCCCCGCACCCGGCCUCUCAGUUCCUUUCCUUUAACAGGUGGGAAGCGAGGAGCCCGGAUCGGACGCGGGUCAGCCGAGGCCAGGGACAGCCACGCCUCAGUUAGCGGACACGCUGGCGCAAGAACCAAGUACAAGUCAACCAGGGCGUCGGAACUGCUGAGGGACCCGUCCCUGGGCGCCCAGUUCCGAGUGCACCUGGUGAGGAUGGUCAUCCUGACGCGGCCCCAGGACGCCCCACAGCUCACAGCCAACAUCACCGCGUCACUGCUGAGCGUCUGCGAGUGGAGCAGGACGGUCAACCCCCCGGAUGACGCGGACCCCGCGCACGCCGACCUGGUCCUCUACGUCACCAGGUUUGACCUGGAGCUGCCUGAUGGCAACCGGCAGGUUCGGGGGGUCACCCAGCUGGGGGGCGCCUGCUCCUCCUCGUGGAGCUGCCUCAUCACUGAAGAUACCGGCUUCGACCUGGGGGUCACCAUUGCCCACGAGGUCGGGCACAGUCAGGACGCGUGCCGGGCGCUCUCCUGCCACACAGACCCCCUGGACCUCAGCAGCUGCAGCCGCCUCCUCUUCCCGCUCCUGGACGGGACCGAGUGCGGCCCCCAGAAGUGGUGCUCCAAGGGCCGCUGCCGCUCCCUGGCGGAGCUGACCCCCAUGGAGGCGGUGCACGGGCACUGGUCAGCUUGGGGUCCCCCCAGUCCUUGCUCCCGCUCCUGCGGAGGAGGCGUGGUCACCAGGAGGCGGCAGUGCAACAACCCCAGACCUGCCUUUGGGGGGCGUGCUUGCACAGGUGCUGACCUCCAGGCCGAGAUGUGCAACACCCAGGCCUGCGAGACCACCCAGCUGGCGUUCAUGGCUGAGCAGUGUGCGGAGACCGAGGGGCGGCCGCUGGGCCUUUCCCCAGGCAAUGCCUCCUCCUACCGCUGGGGCCCAGCUGUGCCUCACAGUCAAGGCGACGCUCUGUGCAGACACAUGUGCCGGGCCGUCGGUGAGAGCUUCAUCAUGCGGCGUGGGGACAGCUUCCGGGACGGCACCCGCUGUGUGCCAAGCGGCCCGCGGGAGGACGGGACCCUCAGCCUGUGCGUGUCGGGCAGCUGCAGGACGUUCGGCUGUGACGGCAGGAUGGACUCCCAGCAGGUGCCGGACGAGUGCCAGGUGUGUGGAGGGGACAACAGCACGUGCAGCCCCCCAGGCGGGGCAGGCAGGGUGGGGACCCUCACGUUGUACGUCACGUUCCUGACACUGACUCCCAACCUGACCAGGGUGCACAUCGCCAACCACAGGCCUCUCUUCACACACCUGGCGGUGAGGAUCCGCGGGCGCUACGUGGUUGCUGGGAAUUUCAGCAUCUCCCCCAGCACCAGCCACCCCUCCCUCCUGGAGGACAGCCGCAUCGAGUACAGAGUGACCCUCACCGAGGACCGGCUGCCCCGCCUGGAGGAGAUCUCCAUCCCGGGCCCCACCCAGGAAGACUUGGAGAUCCAGGUGUACAGGCGCUAUGGCGAGGAGUAUGGCAACGCCACCCGCCCGCACGUCACCUUCACCUACUUCCAGCCUAAGCUGCGGGCCUGGGCGUGGGCUGCCACGCGGGGGGCCUCCAACCCAGAACCUGGCAGGGCCCUGUCCCAGAAGCCCGCGGUGGUGGAAACCUGCAGUUCCCAGCCCUGCCCCCCCAGGUGGGAGGUGUCGGACGCGUGCCCGGAGCCCAGCUGCCCUCGAGCCCUGCGUGGAGGCGGCAUGUCCUCCGGGCUGGGGCCCUGCCAGGGGCGGCAAAUCCACUCCCUCAGCCCCACCCACAGUGACCUCACGCUGAUGCAGAGGCCAAGAGGGGGUGUGGGAUUGGGACGGUGGGCGUGGAGGUCAGAGGUGGGUGCCCGGACCCAUCAGCUUGGUGCUUGCCCCCUGCAGCCGGACCCCCAGCCUCUGGGGGAGGAGGCCGCACCCGCCCCGGGCGGCCCCAGGCUGGGGGCUCGCACUGCCCACGUGUGGACGCCCCUGGCGGGGCCCUGCUCCGUCUCCUGUGGCAGAGGCCAGACGGAGCUGCGUUUCGUGUGCAUGGACUCCGCCCUGGGGACAGCUGUCCAGGAAGAGCUGUGUGACCUGGCGAGCAAGCCGGGGAGCCGGCGCGAGGUCUGCCAGGCUGCCCCGUGCCCGGCUUGGUGGCGGUACAAGCUGGCGGCCUGCAGCGUGAGCUGUGGGGGUGGGGUGGCGCGGAGGACCCUGUAUUGUGCCCGGGCCCACGGGCAGGACGAGGACGAGGAGAUCCUGCCAGAUACCCAGUGCCAGGGGCUGCCGCAGCCAGAGCCGCAGGAGGCCUGCAGCCCGGAGCCCUGCCCGCCCAGGUGGAAAGUCACAUCGCGUGGCCCAUGCUCAGCCAGCUGUGGCCUCGGCACCGCCACCCGCUCGGAGGCGAGGUCGCAGAUACAGGAAGGCGAGGACAGGGACGCGUCUCCAGCGCUGUGCGGAGACUAGCGGUCACGCCUGGCCCGUGUCCCCUGUCCUCGUCACCCUCGGAAGGGUCAGCCCCUCCUUCCCUCUUCCCUGCAGUGCUCCGUCUCCUGCGGGGAUGGUGUCCAGCACCGGCGUGACACCUGCCUGGGCCCCCAGGCCCAGGGGCCCGUGCCAGCCGACUUCUGCCAGCACUUGCCCAUCGGGCGGCCCCUGGGUGAGGUGCUGACCCUCCAGGUGCUGGAGAGCUCCCUCAACUGCAGCGCCGGGGAGAUGCUGCUGCUCUGGGGCAGGCUCAUGUGGAGGAAGGUGUGCAGGAAGCUGUCCGGCCUGACCUUCAGUUCCAAGGCCAACACCCUGGUGGGUCUUUCGGGGGCUCCUGCAUCCUGGGCCACAUCCCGCCAUCCCCCGCUCUCCCCUGCAGAAUGUGACACGCAGCUCUUUGGCCCCCGGGGUGAGAUUGCCAGCCCACUGGUGAGUUCGGAUGGGAGGAGCGUGGGGGGCUGCCGCAUCUUCAUCGACGUGGCUCCGGGGGCCCGUAUCGCCAUCCAUGCCCUGGCCACUGACAUGGGCACCGAGGGAGCUGAUGCCAGCUACAUCUCGAUCCGGGACAUCCACAGUCUAAAAACGACCACAUUCCGCGGGCAGCAAGCGCUCUACUGGGAGUCGGAGGGCAGCCAGGCGGAGAUGGAGUUUAGCCAGGGCUUCCUGGACACACAUGCCCGCCUGCGGGGCCAGUACUGGACACUGCAGUCCAGAGCUCCCGCGCCCCGCACUGCCCCGCCCUAGCUGCCUCUCCCAGCA